AUGCAACUGACCAUUCAGAAUGCCAUCGCGAACACGAGCACAACCAACAAGAGGCCACUAAAAGCAACGACGUCCAAAAUGACGCCAACAACAAUGACCACCAGCAGCACGAUCAUAACAGCAACGAUCGCCGCAACUGACGAAGGAGAAGGCAAUACCGAACAACGACGCGUGCGUUGUGCUGUUACUUGGAGAGAAAGGAGUAUAGGAAGCGGUGCGUUGCGAUCUGCAUUAGCAGUAGUAGUAGUAGUAGCACCCUACGGCUCUAAUACUUCUACUUGA